AUGGCGAGCCGCGACCCGGACGUGGGGGCGGUGUUGGGCCCCAGCGCCACGCUGCUGCGAUUGCAAGGCCUCUGGACCCCACCAGGGGGCGGCCGCACCGCUGCCACCGCCUUCGCUGCCGCUGUCUCGCUGGCACUCGCGUGCGGGCUGGUCACCAUGUCCCUCCUCAAGCUACUGAUGGAUCGUCCACGAGAACUCGAGGAGCUAGUCGCAUGCAUCUUCAAUGUGACAAUGCACGGCGAAAUGUUGAUCAAGUUGUUGUGCUUCGUUGCGCAAGGGCCAACCUUGCGUGAGCUAGUGCAACUGCUGUCCGAAAUUUGGAAGGCCAACAGCAGCAGUGAACGCAGUGAGGACAUUCGGCGUCGCUACCGAAGACUCGGAGACCGCCUGUUCCUGGCUCUUGUGGGGAUCACGAGCGUAACAGCGGUUAUUUGGGUGGCUUCCCCGCUGGUUCAUCUGGUCGUCAACAUGGACACUGAGGCCUCUUCCGGAAAUCCUCGGCCACUGCCGCUGCCUGCCUGGUUACCACUGGACAUCUACGCAUCUCCCACAUAUGAGCUACUCUACAUGAUGCAAGUUCUGUGCCUAAUAGUCCCGUCUGUAGCCACUGUAUCCUCUGACUGCGUCUUUAUUGACCUGAUGCUGAGGGUUGCUGCCGAGUUAGAGAUUCUGAACGACAACAUUUCUAGUUUGCGUAAAAUGAAAGUUUCAGCAAAAUCCAACGAGUACAUGUCAAGCAGUUUGGCCUCCGAUUUUGAGGUGCAUCUACAGCUUUCGAAGAAUGUCAAGCACCACCAGGCAAUUCUUAGGUUUGUAUAA